AUGAACAAUGUGGAUGAUUUUCCUGACGAUCAUGAGCUGAUUGACAAAGCGAGGCUGGCAGGCAUCCGAGAAGGCGAAGAUGAAGGAUAUGAGCAACGGCAAUGUCGGGCCCUCGUGGUACAAUGGGCGUCGGCAGAUCAGUCCUUCCGCGAUUCCUUCCAUCUGCAAUCAGCAGUGGAUUACCCCUUCGCAGCUUUGACUCGCAUUGAAUCCAGAUCCCAUAAGUUCAGCAACUUCAUCUGCAUCAACUCAGUAGACACGCCUGUCAAGCGCACACGCUUCAUCAAGAUCCUCGUCCUUGCUGUACCAGCUAAACGGGGGGAUCUCGCACCCUUUCAUAGAAGGGGACCAUCUUCCAACGAUGGUGGAAUCAAGCCCUGCUGGUUUCCCAGACACAACCACCUUCACUAUCGACGAUUUCAUGAUGUGUUCGUUCGUCGAGACUGCCGAUUUCCAAACCAUGACCAUGUCUCGGAGUGGACACGUCCUCUUCGGAAACUCCAUGAUGUUUCAUUGAUCAGGAUACGCUAG